AUGGUAUCAGGGAAAAUCGACACAUCAGAAAGAUUCGGCAUUUUGUUCUCGCUGAACCCGGAUUGUGUAGACGUCCGCGAAAGCGACCGCGAUCUGGAUCUCGACCGUGACCUUGACCGUGAUCUCGACUCCCUCUCUUCGACCUCUGCUUCGUAUUCUUCCUCCAAACGAGCCAGGCUCUGUCUGUCGAGUCUUGGGAACACUUUUGGACCAAGUUCGUUAACCACUUUUGUAAUCUCGCCGGACAGUCUCUGUCUUUCCUCCUUCAAUUCGUCCAAGUCUCUUGACUCAGGCGAUAGCGACAAAAUUAGUGGCCGUAAAGACUUGAAAAUGUCCAUACCAACCUCUCCGAUCUUAAACGCAGAGUAUGUGGUGGAAACAAGUAAAAUCCAGCAUGAAACAAACGCAACUAUAGCAUGCAGGAAGGUUUUGCUCAAAAAUCCAUACUUGAAAAUCAGACAGGUGCCGAGAAGCGAGUAG